AUGGUUAUUCUCUCUGAUACUGAAGGAGGAUCAUCAUCAUCUUCUUCACCGGUUGAUGGGCAUAUGUAUGACGUACUUUUAACCUUUAAUGGUAUUGAUAGUCGUUAUAGUUUCCCUGAUCACCUUUAUAAGGCCCUUUUGGCUGCUAAAAUCACUACCCGUUUUGAUAAUAAACAGUUCCAGAUAGGGGCAAGAUUGAAACUAGAAUCAGAGACUCUGACUAAAACAUAUAGGGUUUCUCUUAUCUUGUUGUCGAAGAAUUAUGCUAAUUCCAGAUGGUGCCUUGAGGAAUUGGUGCUGAUCCUGGAGCAAUGUUCGACAUCAAACCAUACUGUUCUCCCAAUCUAUUAUUAUGUUGAGCCCAGCGAUGUCAGGGAGCAACAAGGUAGCUUCGGAGAUGCCAUGGCCAGGUAUAGACGAGAUGGAGGGCGAGACAGAUGCAAAUAA